AUGUCUCACUGCGCUACCGUAUUGCUCGUUUUCAUGGCGAUGUGGUCAGGAUCUAGCCAGAUGAUGCACAUGAUGAUGAUGCCACACAUGCACAUGAUGAUGCAUCAUAUGAUGGGUGGUGGAAGCAUGGGUGGAGGCGGAGGGUCCAUGAGUGCUGCAAGUACUGGUGGAGCAAGUAUGAGCGCUGCAAGCCAGGGUGGAGGAGGAGGAGGAGGUCAUAACCAUGGUUGA